AUGCAUUACGUCUGGCAUUUGUUUCUUUUCUUCUUCAAAUUUUGUGGGGUUUUCUUGGAUGUAAGAUACCAGGAAAGGAGAACUGAGAUAAACUACAGUAAGUAAUACAGUAUGAUGGAUUCAGAAAGUUCUGCCCCAAAGAAUUCAAAGGAAUAUCUAAGGAAUGACAUAACGGCUACCUCUGGUAAACAUUAUCUUUGUGGCUACUGUGCGGCCUUCACGAAUAUAGCAGUCACUUUUCCCAUCCAGAAGGUCCUCUUUCGACAGCAGUUGUAUGGUUUGAAAACAAAGGAUGCAGUACAUCAGCUGCAGAAGGAUGGAAUUCGCAAUCUCUAUCGUGGCAUCCUUCCUCCACUAAUGCAGAAAACAACGACGCUGGCUCUGAUGUUUGGCUUGUACGAAGAUUUCUCCUCCCUGCUCCAUAGCCACACAAGUGCUCCUGAACUCCUCACUCGCAGCAUGGCAGCAGUGCUUGCAGGGACCACGGAAGCCGUUCUUACACCUUUUGAGCGGGUUCAGACUUUGCUUCAGGACUACAAACACCAUGAUAAAUUUACAAACACUUACCAGGCUUUCAAGGUACUGAAAGUCUAUGGAAUGAGAGAGUAUUAUCGGGGAUUGGUGCCUAUUCUGCUCCGAAAUGGGCCCAGUAAUGCGCUCUUCUUUGGCCUACGGGGACCUAUCAAACAGUGUCUGCCUGAAGCAACCUCUUACAGCACUCAUUUGGUCAAUGACUUUAUCUGUGGAGGGCUUUUGGGUGCCAUGCUGGGAUUCUUGUUUUUCCCAGUGAAUGUCGUAAAAACUCGCAUGCAAGCUCAAAUCGGUGGUGAAUUUCAGUCCUUCUCAAAAGUCUUUGUGAAGAUCUGGCUGGAACGUGAUAGAAAACUGAACCACCUAUUCAGAGGAGCCCAUCUGAAUUACCAUCGUUCUGUCCUGUCCUGGGGAAUAAUCAAUGCAACCUAUGAGUUCUUGCUAAAGCUGUUGUGAAAACCACUGUCUUCCUUCAGCUCUUCUGUUCAUUUGGGUAUUGGCAUGUAUGAUGCCCAGGGAACACUUCCUGUGUAGUGUGAAAGGUAAUUAGUCUUGGCCUUCGAUAUUUAUGGGGUGAAUGGUGAUGCAUCUUAAACCUUGGUGCAAUUAAGAUGAACUUUUUUAAGUAUUUAUUUGCUGGCAGGUGAGUU